AGUGUUUUUGAUUUACAUUCAAAAUUCUACCAGCAAUGUUAUGUUUAAUGUAAAUUAAUAAUCUAAAUUAGAUACAAGCUCAUUUUUCAAUGGUAUUUUUAGAACGAUUGUAAAAAAUUGAUGAGUUUUAAUAUCAUGAGCACAGCGUCCGACGAAGACUGGGGAGUCUGUUUUAGACCUGAUCUGAGUCGUUACAUAUUCCAUUUGCUUAAGAAUAAAAGUUGGUAAAGCAUGGAGUCUGGUGGAGGCAUGGUAGCCAUCGUGCAGGCUUCCAAACACGCCGGCCUAACUGUCACUGUCUUGCCGGAGAAGCACAGAUGCUGCAAGAGGAACUACUUUGUUCUUGACAUGGGUGCGAAAACCAAAUCCUGCAAAUCCAAUGUCGAAACAAAUACAGAAUGGAUUCCCAAAAACUCCAGCACGCCCUUCUGGGACAUAGGAUAUGACAGCGGUUAUCAGUUUGCGAAUUGCGUUCGAUCGCCUUCGUCUCAACAAAGAAGUUCGUACAACAGACUUCCGCAUCACAUGGUGAGCUUCAUGCAGUCUCUGAGGCAGUACCCUAAGGUCACCAGCUCGGCUGACUUCAUCCAAAAAGUCUUGGACUAUACCCGUACUAAGAAUCAUAUCAAAAAACAUCCGAGAAGAUCUUUUCUGAGAAAGUCCACGAGUCAACACACACACAGAAAUGGAAAGAAACAGGAAAAUUCUCCACCACACAAAAUGAACAUAAGUUCUAGAAGGCAUCUUGAUCGAUCUGCGUCUGCCAUUGGAAAGAGAUGCUCUAGUCAAGAGGAAAUAUUGAACUACACGUAUGAUUACCUCAAGAGUUCUUCCCUCAUUCAUCGGAGGACCGACGUGAGGUACCUCACAGAAGUGAAGAAGGCCUUGAAGGAUCGACUGAGGGAAAUGAUGGAAUGUAGAUCUACGGUGUGUCCAAAGAUGCAGAGUCGGUAUCUUAUCCACAAAAGGCAUUGUACUAGUGCUAAACAUACUUCGGACGUGGCUACAAAUCCUAAUACAGAAUCUCAAGUGCAUUUACCAACCGAAUCGAAGGCUGUACCUUUGGAGUACGGAAGUUCAUAUUAUACUAGUCACAAACAUUCGUUACACAAAGGGUGCUUCUGUCAACUUCGUACACCCUGUGUUUGUAAAAAAAGGCCUGACCUAAAAAUUUUGAAUGAAAUCAAAGAUUGGAUAAACGACAUUCCUGUAUACCCAAACUUUAGCGAAGACGAUAAGUUAAAACAAGAUCAAAUGCUCAAAGAACUGACAAAUACUCUAAAGGAUUUACUAAAGGAAUCAAAUUUUGAUUUUAAAGCCAAAAGAGAAAUUCUCAAAUUUCUCAAAGCAUUACCUAUGUGGCAUCCAAGCGAUGCAAAUGAAGACGCAUUAUUUAAAGAAAAACUUGCUAAAAACUUAAUUGAAAAGUUUGGAAAAGCAGCUGAAGCAAUAUUUGAAGAAGAAAUCACUAAAGAAAUUGAAAAUCUUCCACUUAACACUGAAGAAAUUAAUAAAGAAGACAUAAAAAGAAUUACAGAUAUAUUUGUAGAUAAACUAAAACUAAUUGCUGUCAAUCGUCCUAUAGAUGAAGAGGAAUACAAAGAAGCUUUAAAAUCCAAGCUGUUAGAUUUAUUGGAAGAUGUUCCACUCAAAUAUGAAAGUCAAAAACCUGAAAUGAAAUUUGAGAUAGCAGAUAAAUUAGCUAAUAAGUUACGUACCAUAACACUUCCUGCGAGCAAACAAACAACAACAAAACAACAAGAACUUGAAAUAGAGAAGAGAGUUAGUGAUAUUUUUAAAGACAUACCAGAAUUAGCAGAUAUCAAAGCUUCAGAGAAGAAAGAGUUUUUAAAGUUUUUAAAGGAUAAAAUGGGUGAUUAUGAUCUUAAGGAUUUAGAAGAUAGUGAGAUACAACAGGAAGUACAGAAGGAAAUUAAAGCAUGGAUAGAUAACUCAGAAAUAAGUGAGCGAAUUGAUUCGAAAACUAAAGAUAAACUUACGAAAAAACUAAUGCAGGAGUUACGAGCACGAGUUAAAAGCGAUGAUGAUGAUACUUUAGAUUUGGUAAAAAAUUGGGUCCAAGGCAUACCAGAAUUAUCAGGAGGCGAUGAAACCGUAAAUAAAGCUCUGCGAGAUUUGGCAACACAGUUAAACGAAAUUCAAACAAGCAGCGAAGAUCCUGAAUAUAUACAACUUGAUAUAAGAGAAACUGUAAGAGAUUGGUUACAAAAUAUGCUAAAAAACAAUAAUAAAAGAUUAAGUUUUACCACUCAAGAAAAUUUUGUAAAUGAAUUAGUGAAAAAAUUAAAUGAUGCUCCACACCAAACAAAAUACAUGCAGAGGGAAGAUCCUAAAAUAAUGUAUGGAGACGUAGUUGAAUGGAUAGAAAACAUUUCUGACGUUGGCUCUAAUAUUGCCCUCGAUCAAAGCAAUGCAAUAGAAGAUUUAAUGAAUACAUUAAAUGACAUUAGGAAUAAUAGUGACGAAGAACUUGCAGAAAUACAAACUAGAGAUGCAAUAAAUAAUUUUCUCGCACAUUUUUCUGAAACCACGGGUGUAAAAAUUGAUCCGAAAAAGCGGAAAGUAUUAGAACAAAAGUUACUGGGCAAAAUGAAACAAGCACCACAACAAAAAAAACGUUGGAGUAAACAAAAUGAUUAUGAGAUAUCAAUUCCAAAAGCACAUGCUUCAAGACUGUAUUCUCAGUCACCAGACUUGUCACCUACGCGUGAAUUGAUAAAAAAGUGGGCUGAAGGUAUACCAGAAUUAUCAGGAGGCAAAAUCGAAAAUGAAAGAGCUCUACAAGAUUUGGCAACGCACUUAGAUGAAAUCCAAACAAGCUCUGAAGAUCCUGAAAACAUUCAAAUUGAAAUGAAAGAAACUAUAGCAGACUUUUUACAAAAUAUGCUGAGGAGAAAUAAUAGAAGACUAAGUAUUGCGACUCAAGAGAAUUUAGUUCGUGAAUUAGUGAAAAAAGUAAAUGAUGCACCCAAACAAAGAAGACACAUGCAGAGGGAAGAUCCUAACAAUAUAUACGACGAUAUUGUUGAAUGGAUCAAAGAUAUCCCUGGCAUGGACACUAACGUCGAUCAAAACAAUGCAAUAGAAGAUUUAGUGAACACAUUAAAUGACAUUAGUAAUAAUAGUGAUGAAGGACUUGCAGAAACACAAACCAGAGAUGCAAUAAAUAAUUUUAUCGAGCAUCUUUUCGAAACCAUGAAUGUAAAAAUUAAUCCAAAAAAGCGCAAAAUAUUAGAACAAAAGUUACUGGGAAAAAUGAAACGAGCACUACAACAAAAAAAACGUUGCAGUAAACAAAAUGGUUCUCAGUCACCAGACUUGUCACAUACUCGUGAUUUAAUCAAAAAGUGGGCUCAAAAUUUAGAUCUAUUUGGAGGCGAUAGAAUGGAAAACAGUAAAGCUCUGGAAGAUUUGGCUUCACAGUUAAAUGAAAUCCAGACAAGCGGUGAAGAUCCUGAAAAUAUCCAAAUUGAUAUGAAAGAAACUAUAGCAGACUGGUUGCGAAAUAUGCUAAGAAAAAAUAAUAGAAGACUAAGUAUUGGGACUCAAGACAAUCUAGUUAGUGAAUUAGUAAAUAAUAUAAAUGAGGCUCCAAAACUAAGAAGAUACAUGCAGAAAGAAGAUCCUGAUAUUAUGUAUGGCGAUGUUGUUGAAUGGAUGAAAGAUAUUCCUGGCAUAGACUCCAAUAUUGACCUCAAUCAAAGCAACGCAAUAGAAGACUUAGUGAAUACAUUAAAUGACAUUAGAAAUAGUAGUGACGGGGAAUUUGUAGAAACACAAACUAAAGACGCAAUAAGUAAUUUCGUUGAACAUCUUUCUGAAACCACAGGUGUAGAGAUUAGUCCAAAACAGCGGAAAGUAGUGGAACAAAAGUUACUGGCGAAAAUCAAACAAGCAUCACAGCCAAGAAAACAUUGGAGGAAACAGAAUGGAUUUGGCUUUUCAACUCCAAAAUCUUACGCCGAAAAUUAUUCGUUGUCCCCAGGCAUGUCACCUAUUCGCGAUGUAUCUGUACUAGACAGACAGUCAGAAAUCGAUAAAUACAUGAAUACGCUUAAUAAUCUGAUUGACAGCUGGAUGAAGCGCUUAGAAUUAACGAUAGAUAGCGUUGAACAAAUGAACCUAGUCAAUGAUAUUGCUUCAGAUAUGGUUGACAGACACAGAUAUUUACAAGUCUCUAAUAACAAAACAACUGAGGCAGACGAAUUAGAGCAUCUUAGAUAUCAAAUUUUUAGAAGAUUAAACAAAUUCAAUAUUGAAGAUUUACCUAGCAUCCUUUCUAAAGUAACUGAUCUUAAUAAAGCUCUGGUAUCCAUAACGGUACCAGAAUUAACCAAACCAUUGAAUGGAUUAGAUCUUACAAGAAACAUUAACAAUCUUGUGAACAGUCUUAAAACAUGGUUUAAUAACAUUCCUUCCGAUUUGGCCAGACCAUACAACGAAUCUUAUUCAGAUGAAGUAUUUAUAGAUUUAGCUAAAAAAUUAGCGGAACAUAAAGAUUCAAUUAAUCAUUAUCACAUGAAAAACGAAAUUUUGCAAUGGAUUCCUAAAUUAUUUACCAACUUGAGCACAAACACGCUGAAUAACAUAGCCGAUUCUUUGAAAAACCACAUGGUGAACGAUUUAGCACAAUCAUUGACACAAGAUGAGACCGCAGGCUUAAUGUAUAGACAAAUGUUAUGGGAUACCAUAUCAAAAACAUUACCAUCGAUACACAUGACAUCUCCUGAUGAUUUGCAAACCUUUGAUUUACUUAAAGAAAGACUAGUUGAUGCAUUUAUAAAUCUGCAUUAUUUUGCAGAUGAUAUAGUUGCACUAGAUAAAUUUAGAGUGAAAUUAUCUAAUGAAGUUAAUAAGUUUUGUAAUGAAUAUUUAAGACGCUAUCCUGACUCCCCUUUGAAUUCAGAAGAGAUAGGCAAUAACUUAUACAACGCUUUAAGAAAUGUAUCAGUACCAGAUCUAGAAACAGUAAGAUCGGAACUUGAACUAGUGAGAUUAAAAGAAAACAUAUUAGAUUGGCUCCCCGAAGUUCCACUUGACAUAUCAACGAAUAUAGAACCAGAAAUGAAUGCUAUGGCAUCCAGUCUCGCUAAACGUCUCCGUGGCUUAGAAAAAGAAAAACAGAAAGAUCCCAAUAAAGAUGAUGAAAUGAAACAAGAAAUAACGAAAUGGUUACAAAAACUUCCACUGAGAAAUAAAGACCAAAUGAAUCUACAAGAUUUUGCUGAUAAAUUAAUGGAUAAACUUACUAAAUCUACUGACAAAUCUCUGACUUCCAUUCGACAGUCUUUACAGUAUCCUAAGAGUACACUAAGUGCAGAAGACAGAGCUCAUUUAAACAGAAUAAGACGAAGGCUAGAUUAUUCUAACGGAAAGAGAACUGAAUAUCCCUCUAGAGAUGCAUCUAUCAGUACACCGCCAAGAGAAAGUUUUACUCAAACUGGAACAGAUGAUAGAUUAGAGGGAAUGAUCCAAACAGGUCCGUCUAUGUAUGAAAGAUGUAAGAUGAUUAAUAGAAGAGUAUCACCUCAAGUGAUUAUUAAGGAGUACUACUGGGAUUCAACGGGUUCAAAUAUAAGUAUGAGAGAAGGAACCUCAGAUGCUCGUCGAACAUGCUCGCCCUGUUCACCAUGCAGCAAAGCGACCCAGACUACACCUCAAUUAAUAAGAAUAUGCCAAAGAACUAGAGAUUCACAGACUGCACUAGCAUUAAAUAUUUAUCCAAGAUCAGAAGAAGAUAAAAGUUGUAGUUUAGGAACUCUAGCAGAUAGAAAUUCCUGUAUACCACCACCAUGUAACGUUUCUGAAGAAAAACAGAUAAAUCGAAGAACUAACCUGCCUUCUAAUAUCGUAAGACCUCAAAAUAAAGUUGAUUAUCCUGAAGAUAAACGGACAUAUCAAAGAAUUAACUUGCCUUGUGAAAUGAGACGUAAAAGCAAAAUUGACACUUGUUGCAAUUGUGGACAACGAAUAUAUACAAAGUGUAGGGGAAGGCACAGACCUCAUUGUAAUUGGAAUUGUUUGAAGUAUUGCCCCAAAUUGAACAGUGGGUGUCCUUAUCCCAGCAAUUUGUAUUUCAAGAAAGAGUUUUAGUAAAUGUGAAUGUUAUUGUGAUUGUUAAAAUUUUGUAUUGGUUUUGUUAUUAGUGAUAUUAA